AUGGUUAAAAUCGCUGGGCCUUCGACAACAGCCAUCACACCCGGAAUUAGUUGGCAAACGGUAGACUACGAUGAUAAGGCUGCAUUGGUUGAGGCCCUUCGAGGGAUCCACACCCUCUUGUCCUUCGUCCAGAUUCUCUCGGAUCCCGACCAGAGGUCUCAGAGGAACCUUAUCGAUGCGGAUAUUAGCGCUGAUAUUACCCGCAAUCAAUGCAACACAUUAGCUCCAUAG